CACGUGUGCGGUGCGGGACUCCGAGCUGAAGGGGAAAGCAUCGCUCAAACUCGGCUUUUACACACAGUGUCGUGUGGUCUCUUCUGUUUCUCUCCUCGGAAGGCUUUGCCGAUCAAGUGUUCAAAAUGGUGAAGCCGCGGUUUAAGGGGAAAAGCUCCAUAAACCCCUCCACGUCCAGCAGCAACCCCGAUCGAGUCAAAGGUGCUGGUGGGAACAACAUGAGGGACCGAGCCACAAUCAAACGUCUGAAUAUGUACAGACAGAAGCAGAGAUGCAAUAGCCGUGGAAAAGUCAUCAAACCUCUUCAGUUUCAGUCCACAGUCGCACCGGGAACUGUGGCCAGAGUUGAACCCAAUAUCAAAUGGUUCGCAAACACCCGUGUGAUCAAGCAGUCGUCCCUCCAGAAGUUCCAAGAAGAGAUGGGAGCCAUACAGAAGGAUCCGUAUCGUGUUGUGAUGAGACAAAGCAAACUUCCAAUGUCCCUGUUACACGAUCGAGUCAAAGCCCAUAACUCCAAGGUGCAUAUUCUGGACACAGAGGCGUUUGAAACCACAUUUGGACCCAAAGCCCAAAGGAAGAGGCCCAGUCUCAUGGUCGGGGAUGUGAAAGACCUGCUGGAGCAGGCUGAGGCCUCCGCCAUGAGCUACGACGCCGACAAGGACAAGAACCUUGUGACGGAGGACACGGGGGUCCGAGAGGAAGUACGGGAAGAGAUUUUCAAAAAGGGUCAGUCCAAGAGGAUCUGGGGAGAACUCUACAAGGUGAUCGACUCGUCUGACGUGAUCAUCCAAGUGCUGGACGCCCGUGACCCCAUGGGAACCCGGUCCCAGAACAUAGAGUCCUAUCUGAAGAAAGAGAAGCCCUGGAAGCAUCUGAUCUUUGUUCUGAACAAGUGUGAUCUCAUCCCCACCUGGGUCACGAAACGCUGGGUGGCUGUUUUGUCCCAGGAGUACCCGACUCUGGCUUUCCACGCCAGCCUCACCAACUCGUUUGGGAAAGGCUCGCUCAUCCAGCUGCUCAGACAGUUUGGCAAGCUCCACACCGACAAGAAACAGAUAAGUGUGGGUUUCAUUGGCUAUCCCAACGUGGGCAAGAGCUCAGUCAUCAACACUCUGCGGUCGAAGAAGGUCUGCAACGUGGCUCCUCUGGCUGGAGAAACCAAGGUGUGGCAGUACAUCACUCUGAUGAGGCGCAUCUUCCUCAUCGACUGCCCCGGUGUGGUCUACCCUUCAGAUGACAGUGAAACUGAUAUCGUCUUGAAAGGAGUGGUUCAAGUGGAGAAGAUCAAGGACCCAGAGGAUCACAUCGGCGCCGUCCUGGAGCGCGCCAAACCAGAAUACAUUCAGAAAACCUACCGCAUCCCCUCGUGGACGUCUGCCGAGGACUUUCUGGAGAAGCUGGCGUUUCGCACAGGGAAACUUCUGAAGGGUGGUGAACCAGAUCUUGCCACAGUCUCCAAAAUGGUGCUGAACGAUUGGCAGAGAGGGCGCAUCCCUUUCUUUGUGAAACCCCCCGGACCCGAAGGAGAUCAAGGGGAGGAGAAGCCUCUGCCAGUCGAAGGGCCAGCUGAGGUAGAAGAGAACGUCCAGGAGGAAGAGCAAGACAAUCCAGACGCCACCUCCGAGCAACAGCAGGACCGACAGAAGGAGCAAGUCCAGAAGAUCCUGGCUAAUGUUCGGCAGAACUUUGGCAAGAUCAACGUGGCGCCCGAGUUCAGCGAGGAGGACCUGGUUCCAGUGGAGAUGCCUGACCUGGAUAUGUCAGACUUCUCCGGCUCCGACGACGAGGAAGGCAGCGAGGAGGCAGACCAGGCGGAAGAGGAAGACGAGACCGGGGCCGAGCCGGCCGCCGAGGAGACGGAGGCCCCCGAGUCCGGCACCCCCCAGGAUGAGAACGCAGGCGGCAGCAAGAGUUCAAAGGAGGUGAUACGAGAGCUGGACGAGAAGAUCGCAAAGUACAAACAGUUCCUGGACCGAGCCAAAUCCAAGCGCUUCUCUGCGAUCCGGAUACCAAAGGCACUUUCUGACAAAGCGCUCACAGACAUGAAGACUAAACAAGCAGCAACAACAAAGCAGGCUCAGAACAAAGCUGGAAACCAGCGAGGCAAGAAGAGGAAAGCCGAGGAAGUGGAGCGAACCCAGUCACAGAAACUGACGUCCAAACAGAGAAGAGCACAGGAUCGCGCUCAGAAGACAAAGAAAGUCGGUGUUCGUUAUUACGACUCCCACAACGUCAAAAACAAGAACAAGAACAAAAAGGCUCCGACAGAACCCAGAGAUGGUCAGAGGGUCAAAAGAUCCAAGCACUGAACUGGAGAUGUAAACACAAUCACACGAGAUAUUUAAUAAAUCUGUUUUAUUGAUACCAACAAGUUGACAGAAGGUGUAGAGCUCACUGGUAAAAAGUCAGUCUGAAAAGGACUUUUGGCGCCUAACAAUGACCCCUGACAUCAGGGAAAGGAUGUCUUGUAUGUGACCUUUUCACAUCUGUCUUUUCACUGCAGCCCAGAACUGUGAAUGAUGUUUCAUUCAUCAUUUACAAGUGUUCAAGAGAAAAUGUACAGUAAUUGAAGUGUACUUGUCAUACAGUACUGUAAUAAAAAAAAGGUUUCAUUUAUUAACAUCAAGUAUUGGAAAAAAUCGAUUCUUGCUCCCCUUUUACUUUGGUGUGACUAUCCCUUCCAGCUGGGUCUGAAAUAAAAGAAAAAGGCCG